GUUGAUGUGCCAUCCUGAAAGUGACGAUUGAAGGAGCAAGACACGCAUCACAACAGUAUUCAAACCCACCGCAGAUGUGUAUUCGAGACCAACGUGGGACAGCCUCCAAAUGCUUCUCGCUGUGUGCACUCAAACCCGCUCCAUCCUCUCCCCAGCCCCGCCUCUCCCAACAUCUCCAUUCCCCAAGAUGAGGAGUGGGAGGCCCACGGCAGCAUGGAGGUGCGAGGCGAGGCCAGCCUUAUCCUCGUACAGCCUUCGUGGCGUGGGCGGGAGUCCUCUGGCCAGGUUCUCGGCGCCCGGCCAGUGGCCCGAAGCGGCCCGCCCCAAGCCUUCGUCGCCCGCAGCCAGUCCCCCAUCCGCGGCCGGCCUCGUGCUGCCAAUCACUCCCCCGUGCGAGGCCGCCACCCCUCCCCAUCGCGGCCUCCCCGCGACGCGUCUCCCAUCCGCCCCGUCCACCAGAGGAAGGCCCCGCCCUAUCGCCAGAUGCAGCACGCCAGAGAACGGAGCGAGUCACCAGUCUCUCCUCGUGAGAGGUUUCAGGAUGCACGAGAGAAGUUCCGUUCCCUAGAGAGAGAGUGGCAGCGCCCAGAUCGUCAGGACCUCAGCACUCGUUCCCAUCCGCAUGCGGACAUUACCCGGACACCUUCCUGGGAGCCCAGUCCGAAGCCUCAAGGCGGCGCAAGGGACUUCCGUAGCCCUGUGGAGCAACUGCAAGCCGGCCGUGAUGAGGGGCUGUGGCCCAAGAGCGAUCGUGACACCGGCUAUGGGUCCCGGGAUGGCCUCCUGCGGGAACGUCCGCGCGGCCGUGACUGCGACCGAGGGUACGGGACAUGUGACACCCGAGACUCUGACCCGUGGCGGCGCGAGGUCGGACGCCGCACUCCUGACCUGUGGCAAAAGGAGCCACGGGCAUCGAGCCCAUCGCGCGUGGGACGCGGCCGCAGCCCCAGCAGAGAGUACCGAGUUCCGCGCGUGAGAUCGCCGGAGCGCCCAGACUACCAGCGCGCAAAGUCCAUGCACGAUCUCAGCCAGCGUCGCUUGGCACACGAAGAAGAUCGUCGAGCGCUGAAUGAUCCCCGAAGGAGAUCAAUGUACGACGCUGCCGAGGACUCCCGACCCUUGAGGGAAUCCAGGUCAGGGCGCCGGUAUCGCUCACACGCCAGUAUCCGCCGACGUAGUUCUUCAUGCAGUUCGGAAUCGUGUCAUUCAGUUGACAGUUACAACGAGAUCCCUGACGCACGCAGAUUUCCUGGCCUCGACCGCGCUACCGCUAGACCGGAUCCCCUAGACCAGCCCCGCCUCAUGGCCCAAGCCAAGCGCACCUUUGACUACCCUGUUAACGGCGGCACAGCAGCCGUCCACAUCAGUCGUGCACAUCACGAUGACUAUCGCCGCUUCCGGUACGACCACACAACCACUCCACAGUUCAUUCGCUCAACAUCAGUUCCUUCCACUCAGUACUAGAUUUUGCACCAAGGCAAUGUGAACAAAUUGGCCGGAUUCCUACUAAUCGCUUACGUAUUCAGGUUCUCUUAUUUCCUUCCAUUUACAUGCUUUCCGCUUGCGUAUUCCGAAAUUUAUCUGCCUGGUUUGAAACAGUUGCUAGCAAGUGCAAUGGGAAAAUACUUUGACUGCAUCUGUUCAUUUGCAAUGGUCGUAUAAAAUAAUGGUAUGUCAAAUAAUACUGGACAGUCAAACAUGACAAUCGGAGUGGUUCUUUUCUGAGUAAUUAGCUGUUAAUAAACUUAAUAUGUUCUUUAUAUCCAGUAUAUUCACUAAAAUUAUCAAAGUGUAGCUGUGAAUUAUAUAUGUAAGGUAUGAAGUGAAUAAAUUACUGGUCUCUAUUGUGUAGCUUAUGGAUACUCUCGAAUGUAAAUAUUUUGCACUGAUUGAUUUGGGACCAUGAUACUACGUAUCUGUUUUAUUGAUAUGUUUGAACUGAAUGUUUUUUUUUUGUAGAUUUUUUGUGAUUUUGGCAAUGUGUAUCUAAAACACAUGUUUGCCUGCCAUAAAUAUUUUAAAUCUUCCAUACCUGGAAGCCCCCUGCUUUGAUUCUAUAAGCAGACAUUGUAAAUAUUAUUGGAUGCAAGUGUUUGCUUUACAUGUGUGUUUUCAUUAGUACUGCGGAUGUCUCCCUUCCCUUCUAUAAGGCAGCUGCUUUGUUAAAUCUGUACUGUUAAUUAUCGUUAAAUUACCCAGCUCUAAAGGCAAGCUUUUUCAUAAUUUUGAUAUAAUUUUAUCCAUGUAGAAGACGCAAUGAACUUUUUUUCAAAGCAGUUGAAAUCUAAUCUACUUUAUAGAAUAUUUUCCAACACGAUAUAAAUUGAGCACUUAUUAUGAUUAUUGUUGAAGAGUAGUUUCUCUUCAUUUUGUAUAUAUAAUGUACAAAUGUGAACAUGUUUGUAAAUUUUACCUCAGUGCUCUCAAAGUAAAAGAAAACUUUAUGAGUUAGUAUCUUUAAUAAAGAUUUUAAGGGAGA